AUGGCGCUGCCCAGUCUUCUGCUGAGAUUGAACUGUAAAGAAUACAAGAACUGGAUGAAGGCUGGACUGUGUCUGCAGAUCCUACAGAGCCGCCUGCAGGGCUACAUAGAUUCGGAGAUGCAGAGAUUUCACAGACAGAUCAGUGCAGGGAUUUCCCCAACUGCCAGACACAGAUCUAGAUGUCAGUGCAGGAGUCAAGGGAAGCAGUUCCAGCCUAGCUGUCCUGUGUGUAUGGAGUGGAAGGACCACAUCCUGCAUCAUCAUAACAACAGAAGUGCAGAAAUACACUGGGGGAACUGUAAUCCAUCACUGUGGCCUACAGAUUACUGGGAGGUGGCAAAGGUGUUUUUACCACGUGGGCACACAAAGUCCAAAAGACCCCAUGAAUGUGAUGCUGCCGCUCUCCUCAAUCUAAUCAAUUCUUGUGAUCACUUUCAAGUGUCAAAUAUUUCAAAAGUUAGAGAGGUUAUAAAGUGUAGAAAUGACUUGAUGCACUCCUCUGAUAUGAAGGUUUCCUCUUCUUGGCUGAAUAAUUUUGGACAGAAGAUGCAGGAUUUAAUCUCUGAAUUUAGACAUGUUCCCAACUUUGUAAAUGAAGCUGAUCCAAUACAAGAGGUAUUGUUUAAUACUGUUUCGUUGCUUGGCGAAGAAUGA